AUGGCGGAAAAUUCCUCCAUCGACAAUGCUAUGGAUAUAAGUGAUGCAACAAGGCAACCACACUUGUUACAACACAAUCUGCAAACAACAGCUGUAGGACAACAAGGUUCUACAAAUGUGGGAACAGUGAAUAAUAAUAAUAAUAAUAAUAAUAAUAAUAAUCGUGAACAAAUACUCACUAGUCUGUUAGAAGUAGAAUUAAGAGAAGCAGCAAGUGAUUAUCUAACUCGAACACGUCGUUCAUAUCCUAUUCAUUAUGUUUUUGAUAUUGUUUAUGUUGUCUUAUGGUGUUUUAAAUGUACAUUUUCUAAUAUUAAAAUCGAGAAAUCAAUACGUACACUUUCGUUUUCACCUGCAUGGUUACAACGUAGAAUGCAUUGGCCAUCUUUAUAUAGUCAAUCUACAGAACCAGCAAUCCUCGAUUCAGAUCUUACAAAGUCUGGACCACUUGAAUCAAUUCAAAAUAUAACACAAUAA